GGUCCCGCCCUCAGUCCGCUGCGGGUGCUGUGUCCCGUCUCCAUUCGGGUCUAGCAGAGGGAUCACAUUCUCAGUCUGUUGCCGCAGAAGAUUCAAAUCCUCAACAUGAACCUGGCAGCCCUUCCUCGUCAAGCAGGAUCACGUUGGAGCCUGUGCGGGCCGCGGUGGUGUACGACACGCUGUCAAUGACCCGAUACGGCGACCGGGUGAUCUCUCCGGGAGCAGAGACCGAGUACCGGGCACAGUACCGCCGAUCAGAUGCCACAGAGUCGCUGGCAUCAAUGGCCAGAGGAGGCAGCCGUGCACAGUCUGCGAAAUCACAGCAGGGGACGGAAUCAUUGCCGGGAGAACUGCAACAGGAGAGUAGACCUCAGUCGGCAGAAGCUCAUCAGGAGCAGGAGUCAAAACAGGAGAGCAGGCCUCAGUCAGGAGGACUCCAACAGGAGAGUAGGCCUCAGUCAGGAGGACCACAGCAGGAGAGCAGGCCGCAAUCGGAGGGACCAAAGGAAGAAAGCAUAUCGCAAUCGGAAGGACCACAGCAGGAGAGUACUGCUAUGUCAGAAGUACUUCAGGGAGGGAGCAAUGCACAAUCACAAGAGCUUCAAAAUGAGACAAGACCACAGUCAGGGGAGCCUCAGCGUGAGAGCAGGCCUCUGUCAGAGGAACCUCUACAACAGGAUACAACCCAACCAGAAGAAUCUCAGAAAGGUGGCAGUCCCCUACCAGAUACGGUCCAGCAGGAGAGCAGGCCCCAGUCAGGGGUGACACAACAGGAGAGCAGGCCCCAGUCAGGGGUGCCACAACAUGAGAGCAGGCCCCAAUCAGGGGCGCCACAACAUGAGAGCAGGCCCCAGUCAGGGGUAACACAACAGGAGGACAAACCUCAAUCGGAAGAACCUAAGCAGGGGAGCAGGCCUCAAUCAGGAGCAGCUCAACAAGGGUACACAUCUCUGUCAGAUGAACACGAAAACCCAAAUGCGUCGAUUGCUGGUGAGCUCCAAGAGAAUGCUGAUAAUGCCAUGAACGAAUCACUAAUAACUUUAUCGAAUAUUGAGGGGCAGAGUUCGGUCCACUCUGCAGGCGCAGUUCGCACUUCAUAUGAUCUGAUGAAGAAGCAUGAGUUCGAAUCCAUGGCAAAAUCGCCCCUGCAUGAAGUCGAUGAUAGCGUGCAGCGUAGUGCGUCUCAAAUGUCAGCCAAGUCCCCCACCGAAGAUGCUGCUGUAAUGGGCGCGGAGUUGACCUCCACUCAUGACCAGCACGGACAAGGUGACGAGCUCGUAACCUCGGAACUGAACGGAAGCAGGCCAGCUUCCUCUACAUCGGAGGCUAAGGAACCGGAGACAGAGCCGGCUGCAGCUGUUGAGGAGAGUCACCAAGCUGAUGAAGAUGAAAGUCAGCUUGGCCCCAACCCGGUCGCUUCCAGCCCACACGGAGACGAGACAUCACUGCAGGGUAACGGACCAGCUGAAAAACAAGAGCAGUCUCAGUCGGAAGUAGACGGCUUAUCCCCUCGGCCACUGGAUGCAUCAUCAGGCCACCAGAACAUCGAAUCUUCAGAGGUAGAUCAUGCGUCUGUGAACCAGGAUUCUGAAUCAACGCAUGAAGAGUUCUCGAGCAUGCAGCCAGAGGUGUCCUCUCUCAAACUGGACAUUUCGUCCCCUCUGCCGAACGAUUCGUCACUGCAGCCAGACACACCUUCUCUACAACAGGAUGCCUCGUCGACGCAGGAUGCCCCAUCGCCUCCUCCAGACGACGCCUCGUCCCCUCAGCCAGGGACGCUGUCUCCGCAGCCAGCCGACGCAGUCGAGAGUGCGCACGCUGAUCACCUGGUGACCUCAGAUGACGAAUACGACCCGCUGGCUCUCACCCAGUCAGUGAUUCUUCCCGUGGGCCUCAGCGGCGGACGACAGUCCGUCCAAUCCGAGAAGGCCAGCUCACCGUUCCCGGAGGUAGCGAAUGAACGCUUCAGUCCGUCACCAACUGGUGGAAAGGAUCAGAUAGAGAAAGCUACCGAACCUAAUAUGUUGGACGUAGAGCCAGGAACACAGAAUCGUAGUGCUACCUUCGACUUAAGUCAGGGUGAAAAUAUCUUGCCCAAUUCUUCGCUCGAGCGACAAGAAGAAUCCCGUGCUGACGAAGAUCUCAAUAAAGGAAGCGUUGAUCAAGUGGAUGGUGCGGCAGUGCCGGAUGAAAAUGAGCCUGCAGUCAGCGAAAAUGUUGAGGACGAUCAGCAGACUUCGAACUUGAAUCAGACACCAAAUGCUGAAGAGGCACGCGUGUCAGACAAUGCCGAAACCAACAGCGUAAUCCCUGAAGCCAGCACAUCGACCGAUUCGAAGGAUGUUGAUGCCGGUCCUUCACUGACCGCAGUGGCUGCAUCAAAGCUCAACGUCAUAUCGCCUACACCGACACAGAAUAACAGCAGCCCGGACAGUCAGACGAAGGCGAGCGACGACGACCAAUCCUCCCACCUGGCCGUGCCGGCGGUGGGUGCCAUCGGCUCUCUGGUUGGAGGCAGCGCUGGGGCCCUUGGCGCCCUCACCAGACGUCCGGAAAGCCUGGAGAAUGAGUCUGAAGUGUCUCAGAGCAGCGCAUUGCCGGUUAUUGAGCAGUCAGAAGGAAACCUGGAAGCAGACGGCGAUAGAGCAGAUGCCGAGGGCCAGGAGACCGAGAGCUGGCUCAGCAGAGCUAAAAAAGAAAUCAAAGGAGUGUUCACAGGAGAUGAGGAGCAGGAGCCCAACAGAGAUGAUGACCCAUCAGGGACAAAUGGCAACGCUACGGAAGCCGAAGAAGAGCAAGAGUCUGGCAGCUGGUUUAGCAAGGCUAAAGAUGAGGUAAAGGGUGUACUUUUCGGAGACGAGGUUAAAAACGAGGGAGAUCCGAUUGACGGCUCCAAACCUCAGAUAGGUGACAAUGAACAUCAGGAGAGUGAUGCCGGAAAUCAGAAUGGCAGAUCAGAACCACAAACCGAAGAACAGUCUGGAAGCUUGCUAGACAAGGCUCGAGCUGAAAUAAAAGACAUCUUUACUGUCGGAAAGGAUGGACAAGAGCAGGAUGAAUCCAGUAAGGAUGAUGGAAAAUCGUUGAGCGGCCAGACCUACGAAGCGGAACACCUAGAAGACAGCACGCAAGAACGGGAAAAUUCUGAAAGCCUGUUUAGUAAGGCCAAAAAUGAAGUGAAAGGUGUCUUGUUUGGGGACGAGGUAGACGACAAAGAAGAUGAAAGUGGAUCCGAAUCCCACGACGCUCCUUCUGGAUCCCAGCACGACAGCUCUCGGCCUCAGGAGGACGGCGCUGCUCUGGAGCAACAAUCAAACGGUGAAGAGAAACACGAAGAGGACAGUGGACAGUCAGGAAGCUGGUUUAGUCGAGCUCGUAAUGAGCUGAACAGCACCUUUCAAGAUCUAAAAAAGGAUGUGAAGGACACGUUUACAUUCCCGGGCUAAGAUUUGGAUGACAAUGGAUGAUUUUGUUAAAUUCAAACUGGUUACUGAACACCUGACUGGAUUAUGUGUGUCACAUGUUUACAGCACAGUCUUAUGCAGUUACAGAUCUCCAGAGACCUGCAUAAUCUGAGCGAUUGUUCACGUUUCUCGGUAUGCCGUUCCAUUGGAGGCUGUCAUUGCAGCAUUAUGCUUCUAUUGGAAACACGAUGUGCACCUCAUUCACAACGCAACAAUAUAUGCAUGAUUGUUAACUGUAAAGCCCACUUAAGACUUAUGGGCUUAUCGCUGAUCAGUGUGAUUAGUGUUAGGCGGGAGAAGGUGAAGACUCUUGAGAGUGAUUUCAAAUGAGUGUGAAAUAUUCGCCCAUGCAUCGAAGUGUUAACGAACAUGUUUUUAACAUUUUACGGGGACAUGCGAGUUCUUGACAAUAGCAGGAAUGGUCAGUCGCAUCAUUAAGGACGCUUUCAAAUUUUUAACUACAAAUAUUUUUAAUAAACAGUUAAUUGGGAAAAGGCAUUGGCGACGGCAUCCAGUGUGAUGUUGACAUUGCUAGUCGUUAAGCUGUGAUUGCACCUGCUACUUAUUGGUAUUGAGUUGGUUAACUCGUGUUCACUCAGCACAUGGACGUGCAUGUUUAAUUGAUAUCACCGUUUCACUGAGUUAACAGCCACCUGUUACGGAGCGGGAAAAUGCCGAGUUUGUUUAGAGGUGCAAUGUGAUAUCAUUGUGUUGAGUAAUAGCAUAUGUAAUAGACAUGCGUGUCCUACUCUAAGUGUUCCAAAAACUGUUCUGUGUUCAUCUUGCUUUCGUUUUCUGCCGAGUACCAAAUAAACUAUAUAAA